AGAAUCAUCGAGGAAGGUGUGACGUAGGACAGAUUAAUGGAUUCUGUGUUAUCUUAACACUAUUGACUCACUGAAACCGCAUAUAAAAGCAGGCGGGCACGGGAGUCGUUAGUGCUGGGUCUUCGCUUGCCAAAGGCUUCAGAGCUCUGGAAGUGAAGGAAUCCUGAGAUGGCAGACGUCAAGUAUUUCUUGGUGUUGGCAGCGCUGGCUCUUGCUUCUGUGUCGGCACGUCCCUCCACAGAGUGUAGUUGCGAUGGCUGUCUUUACCCAAACUUGAGCGACUGUUCUGCCUAUUGGAAGUGCCAGGGCGGACGCGCCGUGGAGCACCGCUGCGACGACGGCCUCCAAUUCAACCCCGACACCUCCCGCUGCGAGCCCGCCGUCAGGGUGGAGUGCUCGAAGGUCGUCCGGCUGCUGGGCAACUUCGCCUCUGAGUCGUGCGUGGACCGGAGCGUGGACUGCCCAGUCUUCGCCGCCGCUGGAGGAUGCGAAUGCCGCGGGGACGACUGCGACUGGCCGGCCUACAUCGUCAGCUCCUGUCCGAAGUCAUGCGACAUGUGCGGCGCGCAGAGCAAAUUCAAGCCAUGGUGGGUCGACUCGAGCGAGGAGGACUCGAGUGAGGAGGGAGGCUGGAAGCCCUGGUGGAAGGACUCGAGCGAAGAGGAUUCCAGCGAGGAGAGCGGCGAGAGCGGAUCCAGCGAGGAGAGCGGAUCCAGCGAGGAGAGCGGCGAGGGCGGAUCCAGCGAGAGCAGCGAAGGGGGCUCCAGCGGAGAAAACGGUAGUGGGGAAAACGGGUCCAACGAAGAAACAGAAGCUCCUGAGACUAAACCUCCUCCUCCGCCCACAGCCGCCCCCACAACGCGACCACCUCCCCCACCCACGGCCGCCCCCACAACGCGACCUCCUCAUCCACCCACAGCCGCCCCCACAACGCGACCACCUCCCCCGCCCACAGCCGCCCCCACAACGCGACCACCUCCCCCGCCCACAGCCGCCCCCACAACGCAGCCACCUCCCCCGCCCACAGCCGCCCCCACAACGCGACCACCUCCCCCGCCCACAGCCGCCCCCACAACGCGACCACCUCCCCCGCCCACAGCCGCCCCCACAACGCAGCCACCUCCCCCACCCACAGCCGCCCCCACAACGCGACCUCCUCCCCCGCCCACAGCCGCCCCCACAACGCGACCACCUCCCCCGCCCACAGCCGCCCCCACAACCGAGGAGCCAUCCAAACCCGGCAACUGCGGCGUCGACUGUUCCCAGGGGCAGUACCACCCCCACCCCACCGACUGCCACAUGUUCAUCCAGUGCACCCCAUACGGCCCUCAGGAGAUGCCCUGCGCCCCGGGAACCGUGUGGGACCAGGACCUCUUGACCUGCAACCACGAGGCCACGACCCCCUGUGUCACCGCUGAACCUUGUGUCAAAAGUCACGACAAGCAAUGCCGGAAAGGAAACGGACGGUAUGCCAUCGAAGGAAAGAAGACAGAAUAUUACCUCUGCCACUUAGGAGUAUCGUAUCUUCUUCACUGUCCCUAUGAAGGAACCUUUAACCCUCGCACUGAGUCCUGUGUUUAUAAGGACCGUACUGCCAUUAGGAAGGUAGUCUCCUAGAUGGCAAGAAGGGGUGUAGUUUGUGUAAGAAUAUUGGCAGGAGUUAGUUAAAUAAAGUGUAAUCUGAAA